AUGCCUGACCUCAAGGAAUUCGAUGCCCCGAACUUCUCCAGCUCGACUUUUCGAUUGGAUAGACCAUCAUCCUAUCUUUUAGCGAAAGCAAGAAGAGAUGACGAAAAUGGUUACGACAAUUUGAAGAAGUCAAUGAGUUCGGCAACUAUUUAUAUAGGAGGGCUUACAUUCACAACUACAGAGGAGCAACUAUUUGAAUUGUUUAAUGACUGUGGAUCCAUAAAGCAAAUUAUUAUGGGUUUAGAUAAAAAAAAACUAACACCUGCAGGUUUCUGUUUCAUUAUAUUUGACAAGCCUCGAAGCGCUCUGAAUGCAGUCAAAUUCAUGAAUAAAACAAAAAUCAAUGGAAAGCCAAUGAAUAUUGAUCUUGAUCCAGGGUUUGAAGAAGGUAGACAAUUUGGAAGAGGUGCCGAUGGUGGUCAAAAACAGCGAAUGUUUGGAAGAAGAAGAUUCAGACCUAGACAUUUUAACGGAUAUUCCCGAGGGGGAAGAUCUCGGUAUAAUGAACGUAGAGAGAGGUGGUCCGGCGGCCGUGAUAGGGUUGAUAGCUUUAGAGAUGAAGAGGAAGGAUCAAGGCCUCGGUAUGAAAGAGAGAGAGAUACAUAUCGACCAGAAGGUAGGGAAGAUUAUCGUAACGAAAGAAGAAAUGACUAUAGAUCAGAUAGAUACAGAGCAGAUAAUGAUACUUACAGGGGUGAUGAUUCGUACACUCCAAACAAUUAUCAUCGGACUGAUACAUAUAUUCCAGAAGGUGGUGCAGAAUAUGCGAGAGAGAGAGAUGCUCCUCCUCAUUAUCAAAGGGAAGGUUAUAGGGACCAUUACAGAGACAAUUACAGGGAUAAUUACAGGAAAGACUAUUCUGGCAGACCUGAACGUGAUGUCUAUGUUCCGGAAAUAUCGAGAAGCAAUCAGGAUGAUUGGAAUCCUGAAAAUAUUAGGGGUUCUAGUGAGGAGUUGCCACCACAUUUAAGGGGAAGGACAUUAGAUAACGGUGGCAGUGACUUCCCACCGCAAUCAAAUUAA